GCCACCCUUGUUGGGCGACAACACGUCUUCUUCACCUCCGCGCGCCUCCUUAGGCGAGAUGGGAAACGGUCCAUGGAUCCAUGGGAUGGGCAUGGGACUGGGAUGGCACGGAUGCCGCCGCCGCCGCCGCCGCCGCCGCUGGACGGGCGGUGGUGGGCCGUGAGGACGGAACAGAACCAGCCCCAAAACAAAACUGGACCGGGUUUUUGAUGAGCGGGUUUGCUGAAAUUGGACCUGCUGGGGGGAUGGGCAACUUUGUUCGGCCCAUGGUGGGGGACAAGGUGGACGACUCGCGAACACGGUGCGACGAGGCAUCCCCAGCAGGUCAAUUACUGCCUUCGCAGCACCUUGUUCGUCAGUGCGGCGUGUGGUACUCGAUGUAUCCGGCUCGAAUUCGUCAGUUGCCGCAUUGCGUCGCUACAGGGCGUCAAGCGAAGUUUUCUUUUGUUCGAUCUGGCGGCUGUCUGUCGACGCCGUACUGACGUCAACCACUGCCAACAGGAGCUGUAGCGUAUUGGGCGG